AUGGGAAGGAGACCUGCCAGGUGUUACCGCUACUGCAAAAACAAGCCCUACCCCAAAUCGAGGUUCUGCAGGGGUGUACCCGACGCUAAGAUCAGGAUCUACGAUAUGGGUCUGAAGGGCGCCGACGUCGACGACUUCCCGUACGCCGUGCACAUCAUCUCCGGCGAGUACGAGCAGAUCUCUUCGGAGGCUCUUGAGGCCGCGCGUAUCUGCGCGAACAAGGUAAAUUGGCAUUAUGAGUUUGACAACAUUGCGCAGUUCAUGGUCAAGUCUGGUGGUAAAGAAUCGUUCCACAUCCGCGUUCGCGUUCACCCGUUCCACGUGCUUCGUAUCAACAAAAUGCUUUCGUGCGCUGGUGCUGAUAGGCUGCAGACCGGAAUGAGGCGCGCUUUCGGCAAGCCCAAUGGCGUCGUCGCCAGGGUGAAUAUCGGACAGAUUCUGAUGUCCGUCAGGACUAGGGAAGCGCUCGUGCCCAAAGCCAUUGAGGCGCUCCGCAGGGCCAAGUACAAGUUCCCUGGCAGGCAGAAAAUCUUCGUCUCGCACAACUGGGGCUUCACCAGGUUCUCAAGGGAGGACUACCUGAAGUACCAGGCUGAGGGCAGGCUGGAGAACAAGGGUGUCCACGUCAAGUGGAUCUCUUCCCACGGCCCUCUCAGCAAGAUAUUCCCACAGUUGGCUGACGUGAACGUGCCACUUGACCCGGCGAUCGUCGCGCCAUGA